CUCCUCCCCGCCGGCGUCUCUUCCAGGAGCUCAGUGGACCCCGGAGCACAGCCCCUCAGCGGACGCGCCAUGGAGCCCUGCCGGUCCCUGGCCCUGCUGGCCGGCUGCCUGGGCCUCAUCUCCAACCUGGUGGCUGUGAGCACGGAUUUCUGGUUCGUGGCCAUUGGACCCGGAUUUUCAGCUCACUCGGGCCUCUGGCGAACGAUCCCUCUGGAAGCAGCGAAAAGCUACAUCCAGGUGACACGGACUUUUGCCAUUUUGUCCGCCCUGCUGGGGCUGGUGUCCGUCGGGUUCCUGGUCCUGUCCUGCAUCCCCUCCCUGUCCGCCCCGGGCCGCGGGCCCCUCGUCUCCUGCAUCACGGGCUUUGCCGCAGCCCUCUGCGCCACAGUGGCCAUGGCGGUCUACACCAGCGAGCGGUGGAGCCAGGUUCCCCACUCCCAGAACCAGUCCUUCUUCGGCUGGUCCUUCUACCUGGGCUGGACGUCGGCUGCCUUGCUGUUCAUUACAGGGGGCUUGAGUCUGGGCGCCCACCGCAAGAGCCCCUUGCCUGGCUACGAGAGGAUGUGAGCAGAGGAGCCCAGGGCGUCCCUGGUGGCAGAAGGGGCUAAGAAACAGCACUAUGAAGCUGUCUACAGCCUCUGCAGCACGAGUUCUAUCCUCGGCCAGGGAGAUACCCACAUGGCGUAGCAGACCUCUCCUCCCUGCUGCUCCCUUCAGCAGCGUAUUUCAGUCAAUCCACCUGUUCUGCUCCCCACUCUGUCUCUGGUGAAUCCUCCCAUCCCCCACAUCUCUGGCCUGUACCCCGGUACUUGUAUGCAUAAAAAAAUUAAAAAAAAAAAAA